UUAUCAGCGCGACCUUCUUGCUGCCUGGAAGUUGAAUGGCGGCGGAUGUUUGUGGUGUGGAGGUUGUCAUCCAUAUUCUUGCUGUAUUCGGCCUCAGAGACGCCGCUUUAUUGAAGCCCCCUUUUGUUCAUAUUUUGUUUUAAAAGAGCUGAGUGGGUCACUGCGGUAAGCGAGUAAAAUUUUGGUCCGGUUGGGGGAGGCUCAGCCGUCCAUAGCAACCUCGGGAGAUGCCGGUGGCUGGAGCCUUCUGCUUGGGGUGAGGGAACCUGUUAAUUCGAUAAGCCUAGGAUUCAGCCGUCUAACCCGGAGUCACCACCCUCGGAUCUGAGUUGACACAAUGUAUGCAGUGUAUCGCCAAGCACACCCCCCGACAGGGAUUGAAUUUGCUAUCUACUGCAGCUUCUUUUCAAACUCUGAGCGAAAUCUUGUGGUAGCUGGAACAUCGCAGCUGCAGGUUUACAGGUUGAUCCAUGAUGCAGAGAGCUCUGUGAAAGGAGAUAAGUCUUCAGAGGUUAAAGGCCGGAAAGAGAAGCUGGAGCAGAUGGCAUCUUUCUCACUGUUUGGAAAUGUCAUGUCCAUAGCUAGUGUCCAGCUUGCAGGUUCUAAGCGGGAUGCACUCCUCCUCAGCUUCAAGGAUGCCAAGCUGUCUGUGGUUGAGUAUGACCCUGGAACCCAUGACCUGAAAACACUCUCACUGCAUUACUUUGAGGAACCUGAACUGAAGGAUGGUUUUGUGCAAAAUGUUCACAUUCCUUUGGUACGUGUGGACCCAGAUGGACGCUGUGCAGUGAUGCUGAUCUAUGGAACACAGCUGGUGGUUCUGCCUUUCCGAAGGGACACCUUAAGUGAUGAACAAGAUGGCGUUAUGGGGGAAGGGCAGAAAUCCAGUUUCCUUCCGAGUUAUAUCAUUGACGUUCGAGAGCUGGAUGAAAAAUUGCUGAAUGUGAUUGACAUGCAGUUUCUGUAUGGCUAUUAUGAACCCACGUUACUCAUCCUCUUUGAGCCUAACCAGACCUGGCCUGGUCGUGUAGCAGUGCGACAGGACACCUGCAGCAUUGUUGCUAUUUCCUUAAAUAUCAUGCAGAAGGUCCAUCCUGUCAUUUGGUCACUGAGCAACCUACCAUUCGACUGCACCCAGGCGCUGGCAGUACCAAAACCCAUAGGUGGUGUGGUCAUCUUUGCUGUAAACUCGUUGCUGUACCUCAACCAGAGUGUCCCACCUUAUGGAGUGUCCCUGAAUAGUCUGACAAAUGGAACAACGUCUUUCCCGCUUCGGAUUCAAGAUGGCGUGAAGAUUAUGUUGGACUGUGCUCAAGCUGCCUUUGUGUCCUAUGAUAAGAUGGUCAUUUCCUUAAAGGGAGGAGAAAUCUAUGUGUUGACCCUGAUAACAGAUGGGAUGAGAAGUGUCCGUGCAUUCCAUUUUGACAAGGCAGCAGCCAGCGUCCUCACAACCUGUAUGACUACAUUGGAACCAGGUUACCUUUUCCUUGGAUCACGUUUGGGGAACUCCCUGUUGCUUAGAUACACAGAGAAAUUGCAGGAAGCGCCAAUGGAUGUUGGAAAGGAUCGGGAGAAACAGGAUGAACCACCCAAUAAAAAGAAGCGUCUGGAUUUGUCAGCAGGUUGGAUUGCUGGUGAUGUUGCUUUACUGGAUGAGAUGGAUGAGAUUGAAGUGUAUGGAAAUGAGGCUCAAUCUGGCACUCAGCUGGCUACCUAUUCUUUUGAGGUCUGUGACAGUAUAUUGAAUAUUGGCCCCUGUGUAAAUGCCUCAAUGGGAGAACCUGCUUUCCUUUCCGAAGAGUUUCAGAAUAAUCCAGAACCUGACUUGGAGAUAGUUGUGUGUUCAGGAUAUGGAAAGAAUGGUGCCCUCUCUGUUCUACAGCGAAGUAUUCGUGCCCAAGUGGUCACAACUUUUGAACUUCCGGGAUGCCAUGAUAUGUGGACAGUAGUUGCCUCAAGAGAUGAGGUAAACACAAAGGAUCAGACUGGUGAUGGGGAAAAGAUAGAGAAGGAAUCCAAAGAGGUUGCACCAGAGGAAGAUGUCAAAAAGCAUGGCUUCUUGAUUUUAAGUCGAGAAGAUUCAACAAUGAUCCUGCAGACUGGUCAGGAAAUCAUGGAGCUGGAUGCGAGUGGCUUUGCUACACAGGGACCAACUAUUUUUGCUGGAAACAUUGGAGACAAUAAGUACAUUGUGCAAGUUUCACCUUUAGGAAUUCGUCUAUUGGAAGGCGUGAACCAGCUGCAUUUCAUCCCUGUGGAUCUGGGCUCUCCAAUCAUGCACUGUGCAGUGUGCGAUCCUUAUGUAGUGAUAAUGAGUGGCGAAGGACAGGUGACGAUGUUUGUGUUGAAGCGUGACACAUAUGGAGGAAACACCCACAGACUGACCAUGCAGAAGCCACAAAUACACAUGUUAUCAAAGGUGAUUGCCCUCUGUGCAUACCGAGAUAUCAGUGGAAUGUUUACCACAGAGAGCCGAGCCUCUGUCGUGAAGGAGGACACUAUGAAAGGGAGCCAGUCAGAAAUGGAAACCAUGAUUACUAACAUGAGUACCACAGUGGACGAUGAGGAGGAGAUGCUGUAUGGAGAGUCUGGUUCAGCACUCUUCAGCCCUCCUAAAGAGGAACCAAGCCGCAGCUCUGUGCCAAUGGCUGAAAAGGAGCCCUCUCACCUUAAAGUAGAACCUACCAACUGGUGCAUGCUAGUGAGGGAGAAUGGUGUCAUGGAGAUAUACCAGCUGCCCGACUGGCGUUUGGUCUUCCUGGUGAAGAAUUUCCCUGUGGGUCAGCGCGUCUUGGUGGAUAGCUCUUCUGGUCAACACAUGACCCAGGGAGAGAUAAAGAAGGAGGAAUUUGCCCGCCUGACGGAGAUGCCGGCUGUAAGAGAGGUCUUGCUGGUUGGGCUUGGCAAUCGACAAACGAGGCCUUUCCUUCUGGUUCAUGUGGAACAGGAGCUUUUGAUCUAUGAGGCUUUUUCAUAUGAUGCGCAACAAAGCCAGAACAACUUGAAAGUUCGGUUUAAAAAGGUACCACAUAAUAUAAACUUCAGAGAGAAGAAAGCCAAACAAUCCAAGAAAGACAAGAAGGCAGAGACUGCCACAGGAGAGGAACAAGUCAUUCCGAAAGCGAGGGCUGCUCGAUUCCGCUAUUUUGAAGAUAUUUCUGGAUACUCGGGGGUAUUUAUUUGUGGCCCAUCUCCUCAUUGGUUGCUCAUGACUUCACGAGGAGCUUUGCGCUUGCACCCUAUGACAGUUGAUGGGCCAAUUGAAUCGUUUGCACCCUUCCACAAUGUUAAUUGUCCAAAGGGCUUCCUGUACUUCAACAAACAGGGUGACCUUCGAAUCAGUGUGUUACCAACGUACUUGUCUUAUGAUGCACCAUGGCCAGUUCGAAAGAUCCCACUACGUUGUACUGCACAUUAUGUAUCUUAUCAUGUGGAAACUAAGGUGUAUGCAGUGACGACAAGUGUGACAGAGAUUUGUAAUAGGAUUCCAAAAAUGACAGGGGAAGAUAAAGAGUUUGAGAGUGUUGAUCGUGAUGACAGGUAUAUCUACCCAAUGUUGGAGAAGUUUUCCAUCCAGUUGAUCUCGCCCGUCAGCUGGGAAGCCAUUCCCAAUACUAGGAUUGACAUGGAGGACUGGGAACACGUAACCUGCAUGAAAACUGUGUCGCUCAGGAGCGAGGAGACGGUGUCAGGACUGAAGGGCUACAUUGCUGUGGGGACGUGUCUAACACAGGGUGAGGAGGUUACAUGUAGGGGCCGGAUCCUGAUACUUGAUGUCAUCGAGGUUGUGCCCGAGCCUGGCCAGCCUCUGACCAAGAACAAAUUCAAAGUGCUGUAUGAGAAGGAGCAGAAAGGCCCCGUGACUGCCCUGUGUAACUGCAAUGGUUACCUUGUCUCAGCCAUUGGACAGAAGAUUUUCCUAUGGAGCCUGAAAGACAAUGACCUGACUGGAAUGGCGUUCAUCGACACUCAGCUUUAUAUUCAUCAGAUGAUCAGCGUGAAGAAUUUCAUCAUGGCAGCAGACAUCAUGAAAAGUGUCUCCAUCCUCCGCUACCAGGAGGAGAGUAAGACUCUGUCCCUUGUUAGCAGGGAUCCCAAGCUUCUGGAAGUGUACAGCAUAGAAUUUAUGGUGGACAGCUCUCAGUUGGGAUUCCUUGUGUCUGAUCGUGAAAAGAAUCUCCUAGUGUAUAUGUAUCAGCCAGAAGCAAGGGAGAGCUAUGGGGGGACACGAUUACUGCGGAGAGCAGACUUUAAUGUGGCUGCACAUGUGAAUGCAUUCUGGCGGACACCAUGUCGUGGUAUUAUGGAUGGCUCAAAUAAGAAGAACCUGGCUUGGGAGAACAAACAUAUUACCUGGUUUGCAACACUGGAUGGUGGGAUGGGACUUCUAUUACCAAUGCAGGAAAAGACAUACCGGCGCCUUCUGAUGUUACAGAAUGCGCUCAUCACGAUGAUUCCUCACCAUGCAGGCCUUAACCCCAAAGCAUUCAGGAUGUUGCGCUGUGAUCGACGAGCUCUGCAAAAUGCAGUGCGGAACAUUCUGGAUGGGGAGCUGCUCAAUAAGUUUUUGUACCUCAGCACCAUGGAACGCAGCGAGUUGGCCAAGAAAAUCGGUACAACGCCAGAUAUGAUUUUGGAAGAUGUGCUGGAAAUUGAUCGAGUUACUGCCCAUUUCUAAGGCAGAAUGAACUAAGAACCAGGCGACCUUUAAACCCUCAUGAUGGUCAAGUUUCUUUUUUAAAACUGAACUCAACGCAGACAGUGGGUAAAACUGAGGACAUUGUGAUUGAAUACACCACUGCAACAGGCAGUUUUUAUUAAUUUUCAAUGUUUGUACAGAUUAGUUUAAUGUAUUGUCUGUUUUUCAUACUUAAAUAUUUUGUAAUGCAAAUAGGGUAAAAGAAUUUUUUAAAAAAUAUGCAGCAUUUUUUAAACUCUUUUCAUAGCCCUCUAAUUAUGGGAGCAUCUCGUAUGUGUCAGGACUAAGGAGUUCUUCUUACAAAAGCAAUGAAUUUGUUUUCCAACGCCAAAAGUACAAUAAGGUGCUUCUCUAUGUUGGAUUGAUGGCAUAACCAUAGAGAAUCGCAGGAUUACAGGGAAUUGCUUGAACCCAACCUGCUAUCCCAUUUGUGUUGUUAUGUUUAAUUGAUUGUGUUAUCUGGUUCUGCUGACUAAAAGCUGUCUAAUUAUUCA